AAAAGACCGUCUAUUUUGAGGUUGCACAUCGUUUAUAAGUGACAUACAAAAGUUCUCAGGAAGCGGUUUCUCCAUCAGCUAGCGCUGUAGGCAAAAUUUCAGGAGAGAGAAUAUAAAUUCAAGAUUGCAGAAGAAAAUGAUCAGUGACCUAACAAUGGCGGACUAAUCGAUUUCAAACUACUAAGAUCAGUAAACAUCAUAUUGUGGUCAAGACAAAAACUAUAGCUUGUGAUUUGAUCAAAAGGGGGGAAGAGGACUUACUUAGAUUUUGAGGAAGUGCUAAGAUCAACAGCAAAGAUGAAGUUUGGAAAAGAUCUGAAGAGACAAAUGGUGCCUGAGUGGGUAGAGGGAUACAUGGAUUACUAUGGCUUGAAAAGGAUACUGCAGGAAAUUCAUAUCUCUCAUGCACAAAAGCUGACAAAAACACCAAUAAGAACCUUACAGCAGUGGUUCACAAUGUACAGCCCCUUCAAAGGUGUAGAAAUGGAAGAGAGUAUCAGAACAAGGCUCGUUUUGCCAUGUGAAGAAAUAGGUAUAGAGAAUGAGGUGAAAUUCUUCAAGAAACUUGAUCAAGAGCUCGACAAGGUCAAUGCUUUCUAUCGCAAUAAGGUAGAUGAAGUCAUAAAAGAAGCAGCUGAGUUGAAGAAGCAACUCAAAGCUUGUAUUGCAUUGCGAAUUAAAGUACAAAAUUUAGGCAUCAAAGCAUCUGAAGCAGCAGUUGCUGUGGAGUCUUUAUGGUCCACAACUCAAGAAGCAUCUUCUGUAAACAACACUGGCAAUGACAGGGAAAAUACAGGUUCCACAAAUGAGGAAUCCGAUGUCUUAAGUGUCCUUAAUCGUGUGAAGAUCAAUACUACAUUUCAAGGUCCUUUAUCAAUGGGACGAGGCAAGGAGCAGUUAAAACAGGUUGAAAAAAAAUUGAUAGUCGCCUUUAGGGAAUUCUACCAGAAACUUCGGCUUCUAAAGAGCUACAGCUUUAUGAAUAUCUCAGCAUUUGCCAAGAUCAUGAAGAAGUAUGAGAAGACCACCUCCAAGUGGGCAGCUCGUUCAUACAUGAAAAUUGUUCACAAAUCUUACCUGGGAAGCUGUGAUGAGAUUACAAAACUCAUAGAAGAUGUAGAACACUUGUUCACCAAGCACCUCUUAAAUGCAAAUCAAAGGGUAGGCAUGAAGCCUUUGAGACCAAGGACAAGAAGAGAAAAACGCGGUGUAUCAUUUCUUUCAGGCCUCUUUUCUGGUUGUUCAAUUGCACUUCUCGUUGUCAUUAUUCUCAUGGUACGAGCAAGGAAAACACUGGGGAAAGAAAAGGGCUCCUUUUACAUGGCGAACGUGAUUGGACUUUAUAGCUUAUUUUUGUAUAUAGUCCUACAUAUGCUCGUGUAUGCUGCAGACAUAUACCUCUGGCAACUCUAUGGAAUCAAUUAUCCAUCAAUAUUACAUUUCGAGGAGGAAACAACACUGGGUUCUAAAGAAGUAGCCAAUAUCAGUUGUUUUCUUGCAUUUCCAUCUCUUGUUGGCUUCUUUCUAGAUACUGUUGGCUCGUCAACUGAACACAAUCACGACUUUUUCACAUUCGGCCCCUUAGUAGUGCUUUUGAUGAUUCUUGGUAUCACCUUCUGUCCUUUUAAUAUCUUAUAUCGAUCAAGUCGGCUAUUUCUGAAGAAAUGUUUAAAGCGCUGUGUAUUUGCUCCUUUUUUUGAGAGUACCUUUCCAGACUUUUUUCUUGCAGACCAGCUAACCAGCCAGGUUCAGGCAAUAAGGAGUCUUCCAUUCUACUUUUGCUAUUACGUUAACAGAGGUUUACCUGAGGGACAAAGCAAAUGCCACAGCAGUGCAAUAUACAAUAUUUUCUAUUUUGUAGUAGCACUUUUACCUUACUGGAGCCGUUUCCUUCAGUGUAUUCGUAAAUACGUUCAAGAGAAAAAUUCAACAGAUCUAUACAAUGCAUUGAAGUAUCUUACGGCAAUAGUUGCUGUUGUUAUAAGAACAUUUUAUGAACUCAAAAAAGGAAAAGCCUUGUUUUUUCUGGCUCUUUCUAGUUCAAUUUUUGCAAUGGCGUAUAACAUCUAUUGGGAUAUUGUGCGUGACUGGGGGCUCCUGCACUGGAAUUCCAUCAACUUCUUGGUCUUAAGGGAUGCACGUUUGGUUUCAUACAAGAGUGUGUACUACAUUGCUAUGGUUGUUAAUGUAGUCUUAAGAAUUGCUUGGCUGCAGCUUGUCUUAGUAUUCGAUGUCAAGGGCCUGCAUAGAACAACAAUUUCAACUGGCAUUUCCUGUCUGGAAAUAAUUCGUCGUGGCAUUUGGAACUUCUUUAGGUUGGAGAAUGAGCACAUUAAAACUGUGGUUUCAACACCACAUUUUAUAUCUAUUCCAAUGUCGCCCACCAGCUACCGUGAUCAAGGUGGUACUGCUAUUGACAAUAAUGAUAAUGAUAAUUCUGCUGGGAACGAUAAUAAUGAUGCUGGUGACGAUAGUGAUAAUGCUGCUAAUGACGACAAUAUAUAUGCUGCUAGUGACGAUAAUGAUAAUCCUGCUGAAGACGAUAAUGAUAAUGCUGCUGAUGCUGAUAAUGUUAAUGCUGCUGAUGACAAUAAUGAUAAUGCUGCUGAUGACGAAAAUGAUAAUGCUAAUGAUAACAAUAAUGAGAAUGCAAAUGAUGACGAUAAUGAUAAUGCUGAUGACCGUGAUUGAGAAAUAUCAAAAUCUCCCAAAGGUGAUACCAUAACAUUGAGCUAUACUCAAGAUUCAUGGAUGAAACAUGUAGCAUUCACAACAGCGCAACCUGUACGCUUCACGGGAAGAACACAACACCAUUGACAAUCAGCAAAUGCUGCAGGUGAAAUUUCAGGUAAUGAUCCUUAACAUAGUGAUACAAACAUGUUAUGGUCAUAGAACCAAAUACUUCCCUUCAUAGAUGCAGCUAUUGUGAUAGUGUGACUCAUGAGUGAUCAGUUUGUGACUUCGUGUGUAAAUACAAAAAUAGAUGCAGUUCCACUGUUUCUUCC